UGUCAGAAAUUUAAGACGGCCAGUGAAAGAAAAAGUAAAACCGUCAACAUGAGGAUCGCUUUCGUUCUGGCGAUUGCCCUGGUGGCCGUUGCUCGCGCCGAAGACAGUGAUAACACCCUGGAAGUAGCUAUCAACUUCGUCAAGGACUGCAAAGGAGACUACAUGUUAUGUGUUAAGGAAAAGCUUCUCAAAAUAGUCGACAAUUUAAGAGCGUCGCGAAGCAUCACUAUUGCUGAGGGUGUGGUUCUGAAGGGUGAACCUGAUGCCAGGUCUGGAAAGAAAUUGGAUGCCCUACCCGUGGACGUUACUGCCAGAGAUGCUGAGGUCAACUACAGACUUCUGGAUGGCGUCGUCAGCCUGUUCGAGACCCACGCUGUUGAGGUCAAAAUGAACAAACAAGAUAAGGAAACCAUGCAGCGGUCCCUAGAAGAAGGCCGUAAGAAGCAAAAGGGAGGUGGUAUGGGCGCCAUCAUCGGUCUCCUCGGCGCCAAGGUCCUCUUCGGCAAGCUCUUCAUCGUCAAGCUCAUCGCGCUUAAGGCCUUGGCCACCGCCAAGAUUGCCCUCGUCCUGGCCGUCAUUCUCUUCGUCGCUUGGUGCCUGAAACACGACCACACCAAGACCACUUACGAAGUCGUUCCUCACGCCCACCAUCACGAGACUCAUCAUCCUGUCCACGUGGAGCACAUUGCCCACGACCAUGGUGGUCACGACCACGGACACGGAUACUCUAGCUACGGCGCCGACUGGAGCAAGAACCUCGAUGAGGCACAGAACCUAGCUUACAGCGGCUAUGCUCAUAGCAAGUAGAUAGAUACCAAAAUGUUUAUGUAAGAUCCUACCCAACCUCUGUUGUACAAAGACUUAUUUA